GGUCACGCUGGGCUAGUACCCGCGCCUGGAAUCGGGCCGCAGCCUCGCCGCGCCUGCCGCCCGCCGCCCGCCAGCGCCUCUGGAUCAUGGACCCCCGCAAAGUGAGCGAGCUUCGGGCCUUCGUGAAAAUGUGUAAACAGGAUCCGAGCGUUCUGCACACCGAGGAAAUGCGUUUCCUGCGGGAGUGGGUGGAGAGCAUGGGGGGUAAAAUACCACCUGCUACUCAUAAAACUAAAUCAGAAGACAAUAUCAAGGAAGAAAAAACAGAUAGUAAGAAGGCGGAGGAAAACAUAAAGACAGACGAACCAUCAAGUGAGGAAAGUGAUCUAGAAAUUGACAAUGAAGGUGUAAUUGAACCAGAUACUGAUGCUCCUCAAGAAAUGGGAGAUGAAAAUGUAGAGAUAACCGAGGAAAUGAUGGAUCAGGCAAAUGAUAAAAAAGUGGCUGCCAUUGAUGCCCUAAAUGAUGGUGAACUACAGAAAGCCAUUGACUUGUUCACAGAUGCCAUCAAACUAAAUCCUCGCUUAGCCAUUUUGUAUGCCAAGAGAGCCAGUGUCUUCAUCAAAUUACAGAAGCCAAAUGCUGCCAUUCGAGACUGUGACAGAGCUAUCGAAAUAAAUCCUGAUUCAGCGCAGCCUUACAAGUGGCGAGGGAAAGCACACAGACUUCUGGGUCAUUGGGAGGAAGCAGCACAUGAUCUUGCCCUUGCUUGUAAACUGGAUUAUGAUGAAGAUGCUAGUGCAAUGCUGAAAGAAGUUCAACCCAGGGCCCAGAAAAUUGCUGAACAUCGGAGGAAGUAUGAACGAAAACGUGAAGAGCGAGAGAUCAAAGAAAGAAUAGAAAGGGUUAAGAAGGCUCGGGAAGAACAUGAAAGAGCCCAGAGGGAGGAAGAAGCCAGACGACAAUCAGGAGCUCAGUAUGGCUCUUUCCCAGGUGGCUUUCCAGGGGGAAUGCCUAGUAAUUUUCCUGGAGGAAUGCCUGGAAUGGCAGGGGGGAUGCCUGGAAUGGCAGGAAUGCCUGGGCUCAAUGAAAUUCUUAGUGACCCAGAGGUUCUUGCAGCCAUGCAGGAUCCAGAAGUUAUGGUGGCCUUCCAGGAUGUAGCCCAGAACCCAGCAAAUAUGUCAAAAUAUCAGAGCAACCCAAAGGUUAUGAAUCUCAUCAGUAAAUUGUCAGCCAAAUUUGGAGGUCAAGCAUAAUGCCCUUCUGACAAAGCCCUUGCUGAAAGAAAAGCAACUUCGAUCACCUAAUGGAUGUCGCAAUAAUACAAACCAGUGUACCUCUGACCUUCUCAAGAAGAAAGCUGGGGUGCUGUGAAGAGAAUCCCUACCCCUCUGCCCCACAUGCAACUGAAACAUUCUACAGUGGUUUGCCAUUAGGGUAUUCAUUCAGAUAAUGUUUUCCUACUAGGAAUUACAAACUUUAAACACUUUUUAAACCUUAAAAAUAUUUAAAAACAUUAAAAGAGUGUGUUAGUCCCUA